AUGUCUGUGCGCGAACUUUUUUUCUUGCUUGGAUGGCUUAUUGCAACAUGUUCAAGCGAAAGCUUAAGACCACCGUAUUUGAAUCUUGCUCGAGAAAAACACAUUACCAUAUCAGCAACUUCCACAUGCGGAGAAUUUAUUGAUAAACAAAACCGGAAUAAAAUCAAGUAUAAAAAAGAAUUAUACUGUAAACUAACCGGUUCGUCACCCUAUGAAAAAGAUUACAAGGAUUCCAAUUUAAUCUAUGGACAAUACUGUGAUUACUGCGAUCCUAGUGUACCGGAGAAAAAACAUAUCGUCAACUAUACAAUCGACGGUACCGAUCGAUGGUGGCAGUCUCCCCCAUUAUCACGAGGUUUGGAGUAUCAAAAAGUGAAUAUUACAAUCGAUCUCGGUCAAGAGUAUCAUAUUGCUUACAUUUACAUUCGUAUGGCCAAUUCUCCUCGGCCGGCUGCCUGGUCCUUAGAACGUUCGACUGAUUAUGGCAAAACAUUUUCAACGUGGUACUACUUCGCUAGCGAUAUUGAAUGUCGAACAUUGUUUGGUGUUCAAUCGUCUUACAAUCGUUCAUUUGUACGCGAUGAUGAUGUUGUUUGUGAAACGAAAUAUGCCAGUCGCAUUCCAUUAGAAGGUGGUGAAAUGGUUGUGUCAUUGAUCAAUGAUCGACCGAAUAUCAAAAACUUUUCAUAUAGUGAUACACUACAACAAUGGACACGUGCUACGAACGUUCGUCUACAAUUACUUCGGCCAACAACCUUACAUUCUCACUCGUUCAUUCACGAUAGUCAUGACAAGUCAGUUACAAGACGAUACUUCUAUUCCAUUCGAGAUAUUGGUAUUGGUGGACAUUGUCAAUGCAAUGGUCAUGCGGAAUCGUGUGAUAAACCUCAUCCGAAAUCUCCGAAUAAGAUGGUUUGCCGCUGUCGACAUAAUACAUGUGGCGAUUAUUGUCAGGAAUGUUGUGAACCAUUUGUACAGAAAAAAUGGCGUCAAUCACGUGACGCCGGUGCAGGAGCAUUUGAAUGUGAACCAUGUCAAUGCUACGGUCAUUCAACUGAAUGUACCUACGAUGAGAAAGUAGCUGAACAAAAACUAAGUAUCGAUAUACAUGGAAAGUAUGAAGGUGGCGGUCGGUGUUUGAAUUGUCAACAUCAUACUGAAGGUAUCAAUUGUGAACGAUGCGUUCGAGGAUACUUUCGAAAUUUCACCAAAAAAGUCAGCGAUGUCGAUAUGUGCCAAUCAUGCAAUUGCAAUCUGAAAGUUUCGACGGGUGCUUGUGCAGAAGGCACAGGUAAAUGCGAAUGUAAACCACAGUUCACUGGCUUAGAAUGUGAUGAAUGUGCCGUCGGAUAUUUUGAUUAUGCCGCUGGAUGUAAACCAUGUCUAUGUUCAAUAAAUGGUACAGCUGAUCAUAAAUGUUUACCUGACUCAGGUCGUUGCGUGUGCAAAAUGAAUUUUGAUGGAGAUUAUUGUGAUCGAUGUGCGCCUGGUUAUUACAAUUACAAAGCCGGUUGUCUGCCGUGCCAAUGUGAACGAGCAGGUAGUGAUGGAAAUAUAUGUGACGCUGAAACCGGACAAUGUCCAUGCCGUUUGAAUUAUCAGAAUCGAACAUGUAAUACGUGUAAAAAUGGCCACUACGGUUAUCCAGGAUGUUUGCCAUGUGUUUGUAAUCACAAUGGCUCAACGGUAGAAGUGUGUAAUAAAGAUACAGGCGCUUGUUUAUGUAAAGCGAAUUUUACCGGACAAACAUGUGAACAUUGUGCACCGGGCUUCUUCAAUCAUCCGACAUGUGAACCGUGCGCCUGUGAUCCAACUGGUGUCAUUUAUGAUGCAUGCGACCAACGUGGCCAAUGUCAUUGUAAACCAAAUUUUGGCGGACGACAGUGUAAUCAAUGUGCACCUGGUUACUUUCGGUAUCCGGAUUGUGUACCAUGUUCGUGUGACAUGCAUGGCUCAUUAGGUUUAAGUUGUGAUCAAACCAGUGGGCAAUGUGUAUGUAAAAGUAACUUCGUUGGUGAAAAAUGUCAAGAGUGUGCGCCAGGAUUAUUCAAUUUUCCCUACUGCGAAGAAUGUAAAUGUGUACCAGCUGGUGUACGAAACGAUUUUCCUGGUUGUGGUCGUCAUAACAUUCCAGGUGUCCUCUGUUUAUGUAAACAGAAUGUUGAAGGAAGACAAUGUGAUCGUUGCAAAGAAGGUUUUUGGAAUAUGAAAGCAUCCAAUCCAGUUGGCUGUGAGCCGUGUGACUGUUCUGAUUCCGGUACAUUAGCACAUCUAAACAUUUGCGACAGUGUUACCGGUCAAUGUCCAUGUAAAAUAACGACUCAAAACUCCACCGCACGCUGUGAUGUUUGUGCCGAUGGUUAUUAUUCGUUGAAACGUGAUGACGUUUUUGGUUGCGAACCAUGUCGAUGCUCACUUGGCGGAUCAUUGCAUAGUAUUUGUGAUAAGCAUACAGGACAAUGUGUUUGUCGGCCAUCGAUUGUGGGUCGCGAAUGCAAUCAACCAGCGAUGGGACAUUAUUUUCCAAGUUUACAUCAUUUACGAUACGAACUUGAAGAUGGUUUAACAGCGAAACACCAAACACCGGUCCGCUAUGAAUUCGACGGAUACGAUUUCGAACAGUUCUCAUGGAAAGGUUAUGUUCGAUAUUCAUCUCUACAGCCAGAAGUACAAAUGCACAUUCAACUGAUGAAACCAACAGCUUAUCGACUAUUAAUUCGAUAUAAAACAUACAAUAAAACGACAACGGACAGUAAUAGUGUCGACUAUAAAUUACCACAAAUGCAUGUGAACUUUGCACCUGUACGAGAAACAGCAACAGCAGCACCACAAACAUUCGAUAUUGAUCUACCUCAAUCAGAUCGUCAAGCAACAUUUGCAUCAUCUGCUACACUUCUGACAACAGAAGCUGCACCUAACAAUGAAUAUAUUUUAACACUGAAAACGCGUGAUCCAAUUCUCGUCGAUUAUGUUGUUUUUGUUCCUAUUGAUUACAUCGAAGCUGAAGCAUUGCAACAAACCGAUGAUUUUGCCUAUGGUCGUCCAUGUGAACUGGAUGAUGAAGAAGAAUGUUAUCAAUACUAUUAUCCACCAUUGAAUGGUAUGUCAACUGUGAGUCAUCCAUCAUCGGGUUCAGUUACAAAUGGUCUAAUUAUUGAUUCAAAUCUUUUGGAAGAAUUAUCUAUUGAUUCGUUGACGACUAUUGAACGUGGUCGAGACUAUCGAUAUGACUGGAUGAUAUCGAAACCGGGCCAAUACUAUCUGCUCGUCGAUUAUCAUACAAUUGAUGCGGGCACAUCCUAUGCGCGCGUUCAAACCAUCGAUGGCGACAUCACACCAGGUACGUUGGUAUUAACUGAAUGUCCCUAUACAUUCGUUUGCCGGCAAAUCGUCACGACAUAUUCGAAUGGUGGCAAUCAACGAAUCAGCAAACCAAAAGUAAUGACUGUCACCGAUACACGACGAGCAACAGUCAUAUUAAAUGUUGUCCAACAAACAGAUCGAAGUAGUCCAAUUGGUAUACAAAAGAUAACUGCUGUACCAGUUGCUCAAUUCAAUUACGAUCUUCUUCGACCCAAAUUUUCUUGUGUUCGUGGCAUAUCGGAUGACGGACCACAUGGUUUAACUGUAUGUGACGAUUCAAAUAAACCAUCAGGAGGUUCAUUGACUGCACCGGUUCAAAUUUUUCAAGCCGAAGAUUAUUACAAUGAACAUUUGAAGACAAGUAAUUUCCCAUCGGCACCACCUAAUACUGCUGUUGUUCCAUUGAACUUAUCCACGCCGAAUAUCUAUGUCUACGGACGUUUAACUGAUGUGUAUGCGAAGCCAGAAAACUAUCCAGCUACAUUUCAAUUCCACAUUCACUAUUACCAGUCCAAUGCAUAUCCAGCAUCCGAUAGCAUCCCAUUGACAGUUAUAUUCUACAGUCGAACAGGUGAUAGUCAAAUUGGAGAAAUCAGUGCACCCGUUUGUCAACGACGUACUCUUGGCGGUUGUUCACAAGUAGUGACACUUCAAAAUGGUUCAACAGCGGUUCGACUCGAUGAACCGGAAUUUACCGCUUAUUUAGCGUUAACUAAUCCCAAUACAUCAUUAUUGAUUGAUUAUUUAACUGCGCAAAAGAUUGAACCGAAAGUUGAAAAAGUUGUGACGCCAGCGCCGGUUACAGCCGAUACCGAUCGAGCAUCGAAAUUUGUUCAAGAAUGUAUUGCUAAAACGGCACCAAAUUAUGACCUGAAAAUUCAACAAGCAAGUCCAUUCUGUCGUCAAGCACUCUAUUCAUUAUCAGCAACAUUUAACGAUCAAGCAUUAUUGUGUUCAUGUGAUGUACGUGGUUCCACAAAUAGCAAUGGUCAAUGUGAACCGUACGGUGGACAAUGUUCUUGCAGACCUAACGUUAUUGGUCAACGAUGUGAUCGUUGUCGAACGGGAUAUUGGGGUUUUCCGAACUGCCGACAAUGUACAUGUCCGACAAAGAUUUGCAAUGAAUUAACAGGCGAUUGUAUUUGCCCACCAAGAGUUACGGGACGUUAUUGCGAUCAAUGUGCUCCACGAACAUACGGUUUCGAUCCUUUAAUCGGGUGCGAAGAUUGUCAAUGUCGGAUUGAAGGUGUCGUCAAUGGACGUCUUGAUUGUGAUUUAAAAACAGGUCAAUGUCCAUGUCGGGAGAACAUCGGUUCUCGAACAUGUGAUCGUUGCGCUCCAGGUCAUUACGAUUAUCCACGCUGCAUGCGGUGCGAUUGUGAUACGUCUGGUACACUUGAGCCCAUCUGUGAUACUUAUACUGGCACCUGUCUAUGUAAAGAAAAUGUCUAUGGACCACGUUGCGAUCGUUGUACAGAUGGUACGUUUGCUCUAUUGGCUGAUAAUCCCAAGGGCUGCACAAAAUGCUACUGUUUCGGUUCAACAACGCAGUGCCAUUCAGGUAUAUUUAAUUAUCGGUUCAUUCGUAAUAUGUCAGAUUGGACAUUAACACGAUCUGAUAUACGCUUUGAUCGACGUGAAGCACGCUUAAGUAUGUUUAUGAGCUAUGAUAACAGAGACCAAUCUGCCGUCUACUGGUCGGCGCCACGACAAUAUUUAGGCAAUAAAAUUCUUUCCUAUGGAGGAAAUUUAACUUUUAGAUUAAGUUACACGUCAACAAUAAAUAACCAAAAUCAAGUUAUUAACAAGCAUCCAUUAGUUAUUCUUCGCGGUCGUGAUUUAACCAUUGCACAUUAUUAUUCACGGCCAAUCGAAGCUAACCGUCCUGAAGAAGAGAUUACUGUCACGUUAAAAGAAGCAAACUUUCGUUUUCAAGCACGAUCAUCAGCGGCGGUAACACGUGAAACCUUCUUGCAAACGCUUAGCAAUGUAUCAAGCAUACAUAUUCUUGCUUGGCCAUAUUCAGCCGAUUCACAGUCAAGUUCUAUUGUUGCCGUGCAACUACAACAAGCGGAUCUGAAAUCUGCAAAUAACAUUUUGCCACAACGUCCUAUUGCCCGUAAUAUUGAAGUAUGCUCAUGCCCGCCAAAUUAUGCUGGUACAUCUUGUGAAACAUGCGCACGUGGUUACUAUAAACAAUACAGUGGUACCAAUGGUGCACAUAGUUAUACUUGCGUACCUUGUCAAUGCAAUGGUCAAAGUGAUAUCUGCGAUGUCGAAACAGGUCAUUGUUUAGCGUGUCAGAAUCACACAAUAGGAACAUACUGUGAAGGGUGUGUGGCCGGUUAUAAUGGCGAUCCAACGAAGGGUAUUCCGUGCCGCAUUUGUGCAUGUCCACUAGCUGUUGAAUCAAAUAACUUUGCAUCAACUUGCGAAAUGAAUGUCACCACAGGCGAAACAACAAAAUGUUUCUGUCAACAAGGUUAUUACGGUGAUCGAUGUCAGUCAUGCUAUCCAGCAUUCUGGGGUGAGCCAAGUAAGAUGGGUGGUCGAUGUUCGCCAUGCGAAUGUAACGCAAACAUUGAUCCCUUUGACUGGAAUGCAUGCGAUCAACAGACUGGUCGUUGUGUCAACUGUUUGAACAAUACUGCUGGACCCAUGUGUGAACGUUGUCGAGACUGGUUCUACGGCGAUGCCAUUCUCGCGAAAAACUGCGCUCCAUGUGCAUGUUCUCAAUGCGGUGCAGUCAGAUGUGACCAACGAUCUGGCCGAUGUCAAUGUAAACCUGGUGUCACCGGUCUUACAUGUGACGUCUGCUUAGAAAAUCAUUACGGUUAUCAUGCAUGCGGCGAUGAAGGGUGCAAGCCAUGUAUGUGUGGCAUGGGUAGUAUCGGACCGUCUUGUGAUUUGUACACGGGUCAAUGUCAAUGUAAACCUGGCGUUGGUGGAAAGAAUUGUGAUAUGUGCCUGCCGGGCUAUUGGGAUUUGACCGAAGAUGGAUGCAAACAAUGUCAGUGUGAUCGUUUCGGAACAGUACGGGAUCUAAGCAAUACAGGCUUGAGCUGCGAUGCCAGAACAGGUCGAUGCUACUGUAUUGAAGGUGUUCGAGGAGAACGUUGUGAUCAAUGUGAAGAGCAUUAUACGAUUGUUGAAGGUCGUGGCUGUCUCCCAUGUGAUAAAUCCAAUGUUGUUCCUGAGGGUUGGUGCGCUCGUCAACUGAUCGAUGAUGUUGAUCAAUUACGUGUCAACAUCAAUCGAACUAUUGAAAAUGCUGAUCGAAUUAUACAGGGUCGCACAGCAAACGAACGUAUCCAACGCAUGCGUGUGCGCGCUGAUGAAUAUCAUUCGCUCGUCAACAGUGCGAAUAUUCGCAACUACCGAUGCUUACCGAAUGAAAAUCCCUCCAGUUCAUUCUGUCUCAAUGAGCAAAUCAUCAAUUUGAAGACUUUACUGAAUGAAUUCGAUCACGACUUUAAGCAGACGCAGAUUGAAAUCAAUCACGAACAAGACGAAGUGAAACAGUUGGCCAAAGUUGUGCAAAAAGAAUACGAACGCGUACGUGAACAAGUGGAAACAAUGCGCAAUUUUGCUGAUGACAUCGAUGCAUUCUCAUCGAAUUUAACUCAACAUACCAAUGACGAUCCGACGUACAUAGUCAAUCUUAUUGACAGAGUCCAUUCAAUGCUUGAACGAUUUGAAAUUGAACCAGAGCAAAGUGUGAUUAAAAACACCAGUCAACUAGCUUCAAAACUCUACACUUAUCUGCAGACGAUUCAGAACGAUCUGACCAAUCAUUUGAACGAAAUCGAUCGAUUAAACAAUCAAACAUUUCACUUUGAACAACGAACCAUACAAAUGGAACGGCACAUUCACCAAGCUUAUGAUAAACUCGAGCGUAUCUCUAAGGAAGUCACAUCACUUGAUAACAUCACGUUAAUUCGUACGAACUUGAAACAAAGUCUGACGUUAAAAGAAGGUGCCGAUAUGAAAUUGUCGAAUACAAGUCAACUCUUAAAUAACGAACUGAUGACAAACUACAAUCAAUUACAGAUCGCUUAUCAGCAAACAUUAAGCAAUGCUGAAAAUCUCAAUUCAUCGGUUCAAAUCCUACAUUCCGUUGUUAACGAAACCAUCGAACAAAAUCGUCGUGUACAUAUGGAUGUUCGUCAAGUCUUCAAUUACGUUCAAAACUUAACAGAAACAUCGCAGCACCUGGAGACAUUAUAUGAAAGCAUGAGACAACAAAACAAUGUUACACUUUUAACUGUUUUUGUUUACAAAAAUAUCAUCGACACUGUUAAUGAAUUGGAUUCAACAUCGACCGAAUUGAUUCGAAACUUAACAGCGACUCAGGAACAUAUUUCCCAACAACGACAACGUAUUGAAAAGCUCGAAAAAGAGAAACUGGAUCAAUCAUUCCUAUCACCCAUUGACACACAGAUCAAGUUGAAUCUUAAUGAUGAACAACGGCUAGAUCGAGUGUCACGUUCAGUUCUCACAUGUCAACGUUCGUUAAGUACAAGUGAAAAAUUACUACCAGCUUAUAAGCUACGUAUUAAUGAAUUGAAACUGACAGCAGAUAAUUUAGAACCACAUUCGAAACGAAUGUAUGACGAAAGUCAAGCAAAAACCAAUGAAUUCGCACGUUUACGUGAGAAAAUACUUGCUGAAAAACCGAUGAAUGCUUCGACACUAAGUGAUCGUCCAUUACAGAUGGAAUUUGCUGACAUUACCGAUGGUAUUCAACGUAUGAAACGCUGGCAAAUUGAUACAGAUCAGCAACUGAGCGCAGCAAAAUAUUCCUAUGAUCAGACGAUUAAUCUUCAAGAGAGUAUUGUUGACAUUAUCGCCGACAUUCGUCGAUUAGUUGAUGAAUCACGUUCAAUUGUCAGUUCCGUUCGUGUCGGUGCACAAUUCAAUCGUACAAGUGGUGUUAAUUUACAUAAACCAUACAGUAAAUCCCAAGUGAAUCUGAACAAGCAACAUUCGAAACUGGCACUCUCAUUUCGUACAACUGAACCGGAUGGACUACUAGCUUACGCUGGAAGUGAAAACGAAGAUCGAUAUAUGACAUUACGGUUGAAUCCAGAAGGACAAGUGGAAUUCACAUACGACGUUGGACAACAGCGGCCGACUUCAAUCGUCACGACACGUUCGUUUACAGAUAAUCAAUGGUACGAUGUUACAGGUGAACGUAUUGGUUCACACGGUCAAUUGACUGUAGUCGAUGCGAAUGGCAAAGACGUUUUCGUUGGUGUUAGUGAUGCUGAAAAUGGUGGCCAAUCAAUUCUAGAUCUCAGUGACGAACAAUCAGUUUUUCUUAUCGGUGGCAUUCCAUCUCAAGUGACACUCAAACGAACGUAUCCAUCAUUUGCUGGUUCAAUUUCAAAUGUUCGUCUGGAUGAUCAUAGUGUUAGCCUUUGGAAUUUUCAAUCAGCGAUGAAUUAUAACCAAGGAACAAUUCCAUCUGUCAUACAUCGAGAAUCCGUACCUGGUUUUAGUUUGAAAGGCGAUGGUUAUGCGAUAUUUUCCAAACGACGCUUACGACGUCUCGAACAUUCGUUUUCACUGACAAUUAUAUUCAAAACACAUGCUCCUAACGGUCUUUUACUUGCCUAUGGUGGUGGUGACAUUGAGAAACGUUUCUUUGCUGUACAAAUCAUCGAUUCUCAUCCAGAAAUUCUAAUGAAUACAGGCAGUGGUUUAGUUAGUUUACGUCUCGAAGAUAAUGUUCAUGAUAAUCAAGUGCAUCGCCUACAAAUAAAAAAACAAGACACUGAAUUGAUCGUGCAAUUAGAUAAUCAAUUAUCGGAAUCGAUCUAUGAUCGCGACGAAGAAUCACGUAUCGAAGGUGGUAACGAUAAUAUUUACGUUGGAAAAUAUCUUGGACAAGAUUCGUUACGUGAUGCAAUCACCAGUCGAGGAUUUAGCGGCUGUAUUCAGUCGAUUAUGAUUGAUCGCAUUGAAUUAUCAUUCAAAUCGGAACACUAUAAACGCAGUGAAAAUGUGGAAACGAGCUGCGCCAUUGAACAAAUCUUGCGUACUGUUCAAUUCAACUAUCUCGAUCAAGAAGGUUAUGUAGAAAUUAUGGAGAAAAACCUGACCAUCCCAUGGGCUGUAACCACACGUUUUCAAUCGAAUCAACCUUCCGGCACAUUAGUGUACAUGAACAAUGGUCAUGAAAAUAUCAACGAACUAAUCAUCUAUUUCGAAAACAACCAUCUGAUGAUUAAACAUAAAGAUCUGCCAGUAAUUCAAUGUGAAACAACACUUUCAACGAAUUGGUGGAAUUAUGUUAGUGUUUAUCGUGAUGUCCAAUCAUAUCGUUUAUAUCUAAAUGAUACUGAAUGCGGUAAAUUAGAUAUCGAAGCUGAUGGUAACAAUUGGCAACUAUACAAAACAGUCUUCGUCGGUGGUGUGCCGCAAACGCAUUCAACUCAGGUUCAGCGUUUGAUUGGCUGUAUUGGUGAUGUGAAUAUCGAUGGUUCGUUGAUUAAUUUUAAUAAUGCAGUUAAAUUGAAAAAUGCCGAACAGAAUUGUCAAACAAACGGCUUUAGCAGCAAUAAUAACAACAAUAAUCUUAAAGAACCAGUUGUUUAUCCGCCAUUUAUUUACAAUGCAACCGAACCAGUGUCAUCGGAAAAUGUUCAACUGAAGUUUCUGGAAUUUAACGAUGAUUUUGAUAUCAGCAGUAGCACAACGACGCCCAUCGUACCAUCAAUUGAUCUAGAAAUGAACAACAUUCCUGAAUUUCAGCCAGCAAGGCCCGUAGAAACAGCAACGAGCACGGUUAUCAUCGAAGAUGAAGAUGAAGACGAAGAUGAUUAUUCAUCUCGUUCUCGUCGGUCAUGUCAGUUACCAACGACUCCUUCGGAUGACCGUGGUAAAGACGUAGGCUAUCGUUUCGGUGAUGACCAUCGUGAAAGUCGUGGACAAAUUAUUGUAACACAAUCAUCAUUCAACUCUGCUAUGAAUAUCUCCUUCAAAUUUCGAACUCGAUUUAUCCAUGGUUUACUUUUCUAUUCUGGUCGUGAUGUUUCGGAUUCAUCGGCAUCGAACGAAUUCAUCGCUACAUGGCUACACAAAGGACACUUAGUUUUUGCGUUCGAUUGUGGAUCAGGUAAAGGCGAAAUCGAAGGUAUCAAUCGAGUCAAUAAUGAUCAAUGGCAUCAAGUGGAUAUCGUGCGAAAUGGAAACAAUGCAUCUUUGUACAUCGAUUCACAGCCACAAGGAUUCAUUAUUCCACCGGGUACGAAAUCAACAUUGGACACAGAUGGAGUUUAUCAUUUUGGUAAUAUUCCAUCAGAUGAAAUCUUUCAGUCAAAUCGCCGCCGGCAAUUACAUCAUUUCAAAACUCGACAUCAUAAUCUUCAAUUUCAAGGUUGUUUGAGUUCGAUACAAAUCAAUAAUCAACCAAUGGCGUUCGAUACCACCAUGAAUGAGAAGUCGAGUUAUAACAUCAAAACAUGUUACGAAAAUGAGGAAUCCGGAAUAUUUCUUGAUGGACAGAGAGAGUUGAUACUCGAAAACUCGUUUCAUCUCGGUCAACGAUUCAAUAUUUCAUUUCAAUUCAAAUCUCGUGUUAAAAGCGGUCUGCUAUUAGCCGCAACAAAUACAAAUGAAGAUAAUUAUCUCUUCAUCUAUCUCGACAAAGGAAACAUCGUAGUCACUCUAUUACAAAACAACAUCGAUGAAAUCCAUGUGGUUCAUUGGCCGACUGAAAACAAUGACAAUGAAAUGUGCAAUGGUCAAUGGCACAGCAUCCACGUGCAAAAAGAUCUCACAUUCGUUCGUUUACAUGUCGAUAAAUAUGACGUCGAUGAAGAAUUACUAUUAAAUGAUUAUGAUUUGAAUACCAAUGGUCCGCUGUAUAUUGGUAAAAUGAAUAAAUUACCGCCGAUUGUCGACGAUAUACCUGUCUAUGUUGGUUGUAUAACAAAUAUGAAGAUAAUUGCAUUUGACAAUGAUAAUGACGAUCAUAGCUCCAUGAGACAUGCUAAAGCGCUUCAUUCUAUCGAUGGAAUUCAACACUCGUGUCCGACAAAUUAG